AUGUCCGAGCUCGACCCCGCAGAGCAGGAGCGCAUGCUGGACAUCCUGGUCGCCACCAACGUGCACUUCGUCCAGGCGCCGGACGGCAACAGCUUCUCGGCCAAGAUCCGCACCGUGCGCGACCACAACGCGAAGCGCAGGGUCUCGCCCGGCUCGCCGCGUUUCUCCACGUCGCCGUCGGCCCGGGGCCCCGGCUCGCCGAGGGCGCUGGUGUGGCCGACCUCGGCGCCGCGGUCGCCGCGGGACUCGGGGAGCCAGCUCGCCCUCGCCGACGCGGCGGUGAGGUCGCCCCGCGUGCAGCAGCUCGCGAUCGCCGGCCGCGGGCCCGCUCUGUCGGACCCCGCCGCCGCGGACGGCGCCGCGGGUUGGAGGCCGGCGGCAGCCGCCAGGCAGGCGGGCGAGCCGUACUUGAGCAUCGCGGACAUCCGGAGUGCACAGGCCAGGCUGGACCUCGGGAGGGCAGCGUCGCCAGCCCUGCAGCACCAGAGCACCAGGGAGCUGGGCGGGCGGGCGAGGACGCCGGUGCGGGGCUGA